CGGCUAAGUCUGUACAAGGUAGCACCAACUAGCUAUGCGCACACUGCACGCCGAGCCUCGACAGUGUCGUCUGCUACCACAUCAACAGCAGACGACAUGAUAAGUAAAACUGCAACAAGGGCGAAGUCGUGAUACAUCCCAUACGAAAGCGAGAAGCAAGCUGUUUACUACUGCUAUACCUAGCGAGAUCGUUAUAUGAACGGACACGCCUCCAACCACAGCAAGUCUCAACAGUGUGCUUCGUGGAAGCCUGUUCGGACGGUAGUUAUUCGUCCCUUCAACGUGAGAUUUGCUUAAUUAAUGGAAAAUACAUGUGAAUGGGGGAAUCUCGACGACUGUAGAGACUAUGAAUUUUGCCAUUGCCGUUUUAGUCUGUCUUUCUGGGAUAUUGCAGAUUGCCAUCAAAGCGCAGGAGGAAUCAGUGGCCACAACGGGAAGAGGUCGACCUACAGACGAGCAAAGACUGUUGAAGAAGUUACGUGAAAACUACGAUUCUUCCGUCAGACCAGUAUUCGACGCUACCCAUCCUGUUGUAAUUCGACUCGGAAUAACGCUUACACAAGUUCUUGAUGUCGACGAGAAAAAUCAAGUGCUGUCGAUCAACGUAUGGUUAGAUCAGGAAUGGCGGGAUGAGAAGCUUGUAUGGAAUACAUCGGAUUAUGCCAACAUCACUGUACUGAGAGUUCCAUGUGAUCUCUUAUGGCUGCCAGACAUUGUACUAUACAACAGCGUGGACAACCAUAACAAGAGGUACAUGCGCAGUCUGGCAAUGGUUGCCAACGAUGGUAACGUGUUUUGGCCACCCAUCGUUCGUUUUCGGUCGUCAUGUAAGAUGGACAUCACCUACUUUCCCUUCGAUGACCAGGUGUGCCGUCUAAAGAUGGGUUCUUGGGCGUAUGAUGGCUUCCAGGUGGACGUGUUCAACAGAACAUCGGAGGUAGAUCUGUCCAACUUUGUGGACAAUGGGGAAUGGACUUUAGUGGAUACCAAGGUGGUUCGAAACGUUAUAUUCUACCCCUGUUGCGACGAACCUUUUCCGGAUGUGACGUUUUAUAUCCAUUUAAGGAGGAGAGUGUUGUAUUAUUUUUUCAACGUGAUAAUACCGUGUAUGUUAUUGUCCAGCCUGUCCCUCACAGGAUUCCUUCUCCCUCCGGAUUCUGGGGAGAAGGUGACCCUCGGGCUCACAGUACUCUUAGCGUUCUCAGUGUUUAUGCUGCUGGUGGCAGAAAAUAUGCCACCAACAUCGGAAUAUAUACCCCUUAUAGGUAUCUACCUGACCGUCAUAAUGGCCAUGAGUGCCAUUUCUGUUGCCUUGUCAGUAUUUGUACUCAACUGCCACCACAAGGGGGGCCUGCUCAACCGCCCUCCCGUAUGUAUCAAGUUCAUAGCAAACAUUGUGGGCAAGAUUCUCUGUAUGCGACUCAACUAUCUCGGUAGGUCUGAGAGGCCCAGCAGACCAAGCUUCCAAGAGGUUCACGAAGAUCAGUCAGCAGACAGCAAUGUAAGGACAGACUAUCAGCAUGAUCCUCAUAGGCUGGACCUUCACAUGAACGGCCUCGUGGAGUCAGCACAAAGACCAAGAGCUGGCGGUACACCGUCUAAUGGUGGUGUCCCAAGUUCUAAUCCUGUAGCUACUAUGGAGAAAGAAAUAGUUCGAUAUUUGAGACUUCUUAUGGAAGCAUAUGAAAGGGGCCGCGCUGAACGAGUGGCAGUGAAUGAAUGGCAAGAAAUUGCUCGAGUGAUGGAUAAGUUCUUCUUCACCAUCUUCUUGACAAUAACCUUGGUGUCAACAUUUGUGCUUCUUAUCAUCAGCCCAAUGACUAAAACGACAGCCAUUAGUGACUACAGCCCGUGAUCUGUGAGUGGUGGGAUGAACUGAUUUUCGACAGUCGUCUUGGCCUUUAAAACAGAAUGAUGUAAUACCAUUCUUGCCAAAAGAUGACGGUUGAAACUGCAUGUAUUUGUGUUGAACCUUAUUGAUUCAAGUUCAAGGAAGGCAUGCCAAUUGCAUUCUACAGGGAAUAAACAGAUUGAAAAUUAUGUUAACCCUUCACUGAUAGUGUAACUAAACCUAUUGUACUAAUCUAUUUGAAAAACACACCCCAUUAUCAUGUAUAUGGUAUUACCUGGCUGCAAAAACGUUUGCUAUUUUUCAUUCUGUGAUAUUUCAAACUUGAUCGUUUUGAAACAAAGGGUAAUUCUUGGGUCCUUACAAAUAUACCAGCAAAUGUUUUUCACAUCUGUACAUGUGUAACAUGAUAACUAAUGCACAAAAUUUGUCACAACACUGCUUGUUAAGCAAUAGUCAUGUGAGUUUUCGUUUUGUUAUGCUGAGAACCUAGUUUGUAUGACCCUUGCUAAGAUCUACAUUGGAGUCAGAUCCAGCAAACCAUGCUUGCCGUAAGAGGCGACUAAUGGAAUGAGGUGAUACAUGGCGUUCUAUCCAGAUUCCGUAAAUGCUAACAAUGUCCAUCACAGGAUUGUCUGGAUUCGAUUAUUUACAGAUCGACGUCAUAAUGCUGAAAUAUUGCUGGCAAUGUGCAAACUAGAAUUUCUGUCGAGCUGUUAUGUAUGUAACGUACUGACAUUUUCUCGGUAUGAUCAGAUUAACACAUUAGAUUUAUGUAAACUAUAUAUAUGUGCUCAAUUUGUGCUGUAAUUAAUUUCAUCUUGAUUAUGUCUCACCAGGAUGAGACGGGAAAUUGCUUCAUACAUGUAUCAUUUUGUAUUCUUCUCAACUGUUUUGUUAAUACAAUUUUGCUUAAUAUUAUUUGUGCAAGGUUUCCAUAUCAUGAAAUCUGCACGAUGAUGUAUCCACGACGGUAUCUAAAUUCUGGUAUGUCGUUUUGUACUGAAACAUUGUUCCUCAUGAAACACCAUUUGCUUGUCUCACAGGCUUCAGUGACUAACAGCAUUACUCAUAAAACGUAACACAUGUUUUACAUAAAGUUUUAACGCUCAUUAUGUACACACAAGGGUAGAUAUGUCAUAAUAGAAAGUGAAAUAAAUGUAUAUAUUUUGACAAAGAUAA